AUGAACUCUGAUAUAAUUUGGUUGACUAUAUUUACAGAUAAAACCAGGAAGUUUGUCUUACACAGCCUCCCAAAAUCCACCCUUCCAGAGUUCUACGUUCUACCAAAAGUCCACAAGCACCCAAUUAAAGGACAACCUAUCAUACAGUCAUUUAACUGGGUCACCACUAACUUAAGGAGGUCGCUGGACUGCACCCUUUGCCCUAUCCUCUUGUCCUUCCCAUGGAUCUUACGAGAUUUGAAGAAGCUACUUCAACAGCUGGCCUCCAUCUCUGUUCCACAAACAUCGGACGUCUGGUUACUUAAGGAAGAUGUCACCUCCUUUUACAGCUCACUCCCUAGUGAUGAAGGUUGCCAAAUUUUUCAAUGGCUGGCAUCCAAGAAUGGCUACUCGGAAGAAAGUUCUCACUGCCUCAGUUAUAUAAUGCUCUCUGUUUUUGAGACCACAAUGGGAACCGCCUGUGCCCCAAAAUAUGCUAGCUUAUUUGCCGCUGCCUAUGAGUCUUUAACUACAGAUAGCAGACCUACAAGCGUAGUGUAUUAUGGACGCUUCUUAGACGUCAUACUAGUUAUUGUUAAGGGCUCUGCUCCCAACAUGGAAAAUUUAAAAAGUUUUGUUGACAAUUCCCUGCAAAAACUGGAGCUUAUGAAACAAUUGACGGCUUGUGACACUUUUUUUGCUACCUCCAUGUUUCAGAAACCAGCCAACGCUGUGGAAAGAAAAACUGUCUCAAAUGGUGAGUAUCUUUCUUAA